AUGGGACGACAAAAAGGAAAUCAAACUACUAGUCUUUUAGUUGUUUUAGACUUAGUACUUGCUAUUGUUGUUUAUCUUCCUCUUGCUUUUUUUCCGGCAGCCUCAACCAUACCCUAUACUGAAUAUAGCUGUCCACCUUAUACCGGAUAUAGACGUUGGAUACCACGGUGCCAGUUCGGACCAAAACCCGGACCCAGACCUAUACCAAGAUCGCCGCCACCAGCACAGCUAUGCACGCCACCUCCGCCCGUUGAAUUGUCUCCUCCACCACCACCUAAUUCAGAGCUUCAACCACCAUCACCACCACCACGUCCAAAGCUUCCACCACCACCACCAUGCUGCCCGUGUCAUCAUUAUCGUAGGGGAUGUCGGCCAUGCCAUCAUGAUGACGAUGACUAUCUCAUCUGCCAUCGUAAGAACAUAACUAAUUAA